UUGAAGCUCAGAUCGCUAACUUGCUUCUAAUCGUUCAGUUUAGAAUGAAUUCUGAACAAUCAGGAAAAAAAUUCAAGUUACUGAGUUAAUAAGAAAAACGUAUUUAUAUCCGAUUUACCAAAUUGUCAGGGGACACGUGACUCAGAUGACGAUUGUUUGUUUACCAUCAAUGAAAUAGAAGUUGUAGAAAGUUUGUUAGCGGAAUAAUUUAAAUAUGAGAGACAGUAUGGGGGUAGGAAGAUUUACUGAUAGCCCUGUCAAUGGAGGGAACGCCAAGAAGAGAAGUAGACAGCUGUAUACCCCGCAACAGACCCAGAAAUUGGAGGCGAUGUUUCAUAAGAAUAAUUUUCCUGAUAGAGAUACAAUAGACAAUCUUUGUCAACUUUUAGAAAUCAGUGAUACCAGACUUGUGAACUGGUUUAAGAACAGACGAGCUAGAUCAAGACGAGAACCUAAAGAUGGUUCCCCUAACAUGGAUCUAGAUACAGAUCUAGAUGGAACUGUAGAAGAUGUCACUCCACCUGGUAGUCCUAAAUAUAAACCCCCGGAUGCCAUCAUAAAACCUAAAAUACACACCGGAAGCUACUCUAUACAAAGGUUAAUGGAGAAAGACCCUGUCACGCCCAUGGAAGUACCGGACCAUCACCCCCAAAUAGAUCAGCGGCAGCAACCAAGAGAUCCACCUCAACAAAUAAUGAUGCCUAAUCUUCUUCCUAUGACAGACAUGUCCAGAAGGUCGGCCAGACCAAAUCGUAGGUUUCCUAACCCUUCGCCAUUUUCUCACCAGCCAAUCAGGCAUCUUCACCACCUGACCGCACUCUUACCCCAUACUCCAGAAAGAUCUCUGACGUCGUCUCUAUCACAAGUUCUGAUGAGUCAAAUGGAUCAUCACAUCACGCCAGAUAUGCACGCGCGUUCUAUUCGCCAUCUUGAAUCUCUUCAAUGUCGGCCGUUCGAAAACGGCGGUAUGAGAAAUGGUAAUGGUCAUGUUAAUCAAGAUAUGAACUACUACGAAACAGGGAAUCCAUUGUGGGAUUUAUAUUAUACGUACAGAGAUGAGAUUGUUCCGGUUAGAGAAUAUUAUGACGCUGUUCCUGGGGUAACAAGAAACGUCAUCAAAGUUGAAGAAGAGAAAACCCUGCUAGUGCUUUAAUUUUAAAAUUUAUUACGAUCGUUUUUUUGACACCUGGAAAUUGAAAUGUAUUCAAAGUUGACAAUAUUUGUUGCCAUCCAGAGAAUAAGCUCUAGCGUGAAGAUCCAAACAACACUGCUCGGAAUGUAGGCCUUGACCAGUAUAUCGCGAACCUGUUUACUACCUAGCCCAUCCGCGCCGGGCACUUGCCGGGUUUUUUUGUUUUUUUACAUCGUGACCGGUUGAUCAUUUCACAGUGUGUUGGCGUCGCUAUUACUGAUUCAAAAGAUGAUAAUUUAUUCAAGAUAUCUGCUGCUUGUUUACUUUCGUGUCUAUAGAGAUAUGCAAUUAAGAUAUGAGUUAUACGUACCAGUGAGUUCCAGGUGUAAGACGUAGCCUUGAACACUCACGUCGAUGCUGUUGUCAAUCUCAAAAGAAACUAGACUGCAUUAUACACACAUAAUGUUAGCCUGUCAUAAUAUUAUUUUUCGUUAUUCAAGAAAAUAUCAUGUAUUAGCAUAAGUUAAAAACACACUGCCCCUUUUUUUUUUAUAAAGCCUACAGGCCUGGUACGGUUCUUUAAUCUAAUCUUAAUAGGAUUACUGUUUGACAGCAGACCAUUACAUUCCCUUUUCUCGUGCGUUAUUUCUUUUUCACAUGCAUUACGUUUUUUUCCCUAAUUUAUUCUGCGUACCAAAUGGCACGCAUUAUGAUAAUUUCACCGUAGACUUAUUUCAUUAAUUUGUAAAUACAAUUUUGACAAGCACUUGAACCCUGUUAGUUA